UUUCCAUUUCUCUGGCCUCCCGUGAGGAAAGCCCGUCGGAGAUACCGAUAGUUCUGAAUGGGGAAAAGAGUACAGCCCAAGCUUAGCCAUGAAUGAGCCUGACCGUCGGCGCAGAAGGCCCGCAGUUUCGUGCUCUCUCUGCAGAAGGCGCAAGAUCCGAUGCAGCCGAGAAACUCCCUGCAGCAAUUGCCUGCGGUCCGGAAACAGGGCUUGCGUCUAUGAGGCACACCCUCCUCAACCUCCGCGGCAACAACUUAGCCGGGGCCAGCCUCGAGAGCUGAUGCCUAUUGGCCUGGCUUCCACCACAAGCAGAGAAUCGACAGUCCCAAGUCAUCCGCCCGGAUCACUCGUGACCGAGAUAACCAACGCAUCGACUCUUGCGAGUCAACUCUCUGCUCCGGAUGUCGAGGCUAUGAGGAGCCGGAUUCGGCAACUUGAAGAACAGCUAUCCAGGGCGACCCUGACGUCUACCCAGCAUCAUGUUUCGACCCCGGGCUCGAACAUAGAGACGGCGACUUCGCGACUAGGUGGAACCUUCCAUCUCCUUCACGAUAACCGCCUGCCCAGCCAACCUCAGGCCAUCACCCGCAGCGUAACGCAUAAGACGCGCCUUUUUGGCCAAAGCCAUUGGGUUAAUGCGAGUGUCCUGCUGCUAGAUAUUUUCGAGAUAAGUGAGCCGCAUCUACGAGAAGAGGGAUCAAAGGCCUUCGCCAGCAUACAAAGAUGCAAAUCCUUGGCAAAGGUCAUCAAGUCACGGCGGGCACCUCGGUGGCCCACGCCGCCCACGCCCGACUUGCCCCCGAAAGACGUUGCCGACGAGCUCGUCGACUGCUACCUACGGACGAUCGAGACCGUGUACCGAAUCCUGCACGUCCCCACCUUCAGAAGGGACUAUGAAGCGGUCUGGGUGUCGGGUGCCGAGCCCGAUACGGCGUUUCUGGUCCAACUUAAGCUGGUGCUCGCCAUCGGUGCUACCACGUACGACGAGAACUUCUCCCUACGAGUCUCGGCCAUUCGAUGGGUGUACGAGGCGCAAACCUGGGCUUCGGAGCCGGAAUUCAAGUCCCGACUCGGCAUCCAGUCUCUGCAGACGAAUCUCCUCCUCCUACUUGCCCGAGAAACAGCAGGUAUCGGCGGAGGCCUGACCUGGAUCUCGGCCGGCGCACUCCUCAGAACGGCAGUGUACAUGGGCCUGCAUCGAGAUCCCUCGCGCCUGCCAAAGAGGUCGAUUUUCGCCGCCGAGAUGCGCCGGAGACUGUGGAACUCGAUUCUGGAGCUGACUCUGCAAUCGAGCCUGACCUCGGGGGGUCCACCGCUCAUCUCCCUCGACGACUUCGACACCGAGCCUCCCGGCAACUUCGACGACGACCAGCUCGGGGCCGAGGAUCCCGCGCCGAAGCCGGAAGACUGCUUCACCCAAAUGUCCGUCACAAUAGCCCUCCGCAAGACGUUCCCGCUCCGCCUCGCAGUCACCAAGUUCCUGAACGACCUCGGCUCGCACGGCACAUACGAGGAAACGCUCCGCCUCGACGCACAGCUAAGGGCCUCGUACAAAGCCCUGAGCCGCACCCUCCAAGCAUGCACCUCGACCACCGGACCAUCGCCGUCGCGGUUCCAAAUCCGCGUCGUGGACUUCCUCAUGCACCGCCACCUCUCCUCCCUCCACGCCCCGUUCUUCGGCCCGGCGCUGCACGAGACGGCCUACGCCUUCUCCCGCAAGGUGGUGGUCGAGACCUCGCUCAAGAUCUGGUGCGCCGCGUGCCCGUCCUCCACCAUCAUGGCGGCCCAGCGCCGGCGCCGCGGCGACGACGCCGCAACCUCGGCGGACCGAGACGACCUGGAGCGCCUCACGGCGUGCGGGUCCGCGUUCUAUCGCACCGUCGCCAUGCAGGCUGCGCUGCUCGUCGCCGUGGAGCUCCGGACGCAGCUGCAGGAGGAGGAGAGCCUUGGGCCCGUGCCGCUGCGGCCGGAUCUGCUGUCCGUGCUGGAUGAGGCGAGGACUUGGAGUUUGCGGUGCAUCGAGGCUGGGGAGACGAAUAUGAAGGGGUAUCUGCUCGUCUGCGUGGUUGCUGCGCAGAUUGGAGGGCUCAUGCGAGGGGUUGCGAUGGAGGAGGUCCCGGGUUUGUUGGUCAGGGCUGCUGAAGACGCUGGAGAGACAUGCUUGCCGAUGCUUGAGAAAAUGGCGGCCCAGGAACGAGCUGAGGGAGGUGGAGAUGGGCUUCAGACGACCCUGGGCACGCCGGCGCCUGAGGGGAUGGAGGACUGGGACUUUAUGAUGUCAGAUGCCAUGUUCAACCCGGCAAAUGCGGAGCCAAUGAGCUGGAUGUUCAAUGAUGAAAAUACACAAGGGCCGUCAUUUUGGUGACAAAGAGCUGUGAUCUGGCCGACAACUGCCUUGGAGCUUUGUUCACAACGGAAAGGGGUGUUUUGAUCACUUGGCUGUGGUCCUGCCUGGAAUUGGAAUAAUGGAAUAAUGGUGGCAAUGAGUUACAAGCGGUUCUCAUUAUUUGAGGCAUUUAGGCAUGAUUGGAUGUUGUUUUCAUUAUUUUCCUCUUCUCUCAGGGUUCUUUCUUGUUCCUUGCUGCAGGCUUAAAAGUGCAAGGAGGGUUCUCGUAUGUGAGCGAAGUAAAUAAAUGGUAUCCAUUGCCGGUCUGAAGCCGGAUAAUCACCUCUAGACUCUAAGGAGGCGUCUUGAGGACCUUGAGGGCCUUCAAAGUUUGAGCUUCGGAGGAUUGAAGCAGGGAAACCAGAGGGAAACCAGAGGGAAAGGUUAAACUUCGG